AUGGCAUACUACGAGCCUCAGGGUUGGCAGGCGCCGUCCACGCGCCAGGCAUCUUGGGAGCAACCAGCUCCCCCAUCGCGGUCAGAGGUCGACCGUGCCAUUGACAACUUGGUCAAGAGUGGAAAGCUGUGGGCUGCACCCCGGAGGGACUCCAUGCCUAUGAUGAUGGGCCGUCCCUACCCCGAAUAUGAUCCCCGUGUGGUCAACACGAUGACGCAGCGUCAUCACUCGAUCAGCGAGUUCGAUUCUCGGAUGCACCCGACACCCAACGUUCAGGGCUUCUAUGCCUCGCAGCGAUUUCAGGGUCGCCCCAAUGAAGUAGAACAGAUGAUGCAAGCGAAGCGUCGGAUGGCGGCACAGCGUGAGAGGGAGCUCCGCAACUAUCACCAGGAGCAACAGUACAACCGAAGCCUGCUUGCCGAAAUGUCUGGAAACAAGUCCGAUCGCUCGCUCAGCCCGGCCGCCAUGAGCGAGGAAAGCCGCCGGGAUCUACUCGCACGUCAGCAUAGGGCUUUGUACGGCAACGACAGCCCCUCAUUCUUCCCUCCCGCCGGUCUCGUCGAUGAUGGCACGCGCUCCGAAAGCCAAGCAGGUGGCACGCCGACCUCGACGACCGGUGUUCGUGGCCCUUCUCCGCGCAGCGUUGAUCCGUUCUGUCUUGCGCAGACCCCUGUUCAGGGUGGUGCCGAUGGCGUUGCCCAGGCUGCUGCCGGUGCAGCCUCGCUCCAGUCGCCUUCUCGCGCCAACAGCACCUCCUCCCCCAGCUCCGCCAUCAACCCUGUCUUCGGCAAAUAUGACAGUGCGGAUCAGUCUGUGACCUCGACGUCGUCUCCAGGUGGUGCCGACUCGCCUUCCUCGAGACAGGGCCCUUCCAAGUCGAUGGCAGGGCCGAUUGGAUCCGUUGGACCGAUUGGAACUCGCCCCCUUCCGCAGGCGGGUGCCGGUCAGGCUUCCAACCCGGCGCUGAACAAGCGCUCCACGACCCCUCUGCCAUCUCCUUUGGGGUUCAGUUUUACUUCGGGUGAUGCCGCUGGUCCUGAUCGUUCCGCUUCAUCCGUGUCCAACCCCCCAACUGCUUCAGCUGCGACUGGCGUCAAAGAUACAUCUGGUGGAGUUGGACUCGGCUGGGGCAACAGCAGCGGCGUCUGGGGAUCGAAGACUGGUCUCGGAGUCCAGGCCUCGGUCUGGGGUUGA